CUGUUUCCCCUCCCCUUCCCCCUCCAUUUAUCUACCUCCUCCUCCCCCCGCGUCUCCCUCCCUCACAACCUCCAUUGCCGCUCCCUCCUUGUUCCAACCAAGCACCUCGAUUGUCUUGAUCGGCUCGCCCCUUCUUCCUCCUCUUCGAGGUGGCGUGCUAGAUGGUCGCUGAGGCGGUGGGCUUCAUGAUGUCCCGCGCGGCGGACGGCGGGACCAUCGCGCCGGAGCUCGUCACCCGGGACUUCCUCGGCGGCUGCCAGGCGCCCGCCCCCGCCGCCGACGGCCCCAGGCACGACGCCGCCGCCCUGCAGCCCGGCAAGCCGCCGCUGCAGAAGCACCGGAGCCCGCCGCCGUCGGCGAGGGGGGACCUCAACCUCUUCCCCGCCUCCGGCGCCGCCAUGGCGCCGUUGCCGACGAUGGCGCCGGCUGCGGACUGCGCCGCCACCACCACGUACCACAGCGUGUGCACCAUCGAGAAGGUCAAGACGGCGCUGGAGCGGUUCGAGCGCGGGAAGCAGGGGCAGGGGCACCACCAGCAGCAGCAGCAGAGCGGCGCGGGCGCCUCCCCGUCGUCGUCCUCGGUCACCACCUCCUCCGUCAAGCGCCGGGGCGACGUUGCCGUAGAGCAGGGCGACGGCUGCGACUCUCCGUCUGCCAGCGGGGGCAUGGUGGCCGCCGCCUGCCCGCGCUGCUUCCUCUACGUGCUCAUCGCCCGGAGCGACCCGCGCUGCCCGCGCUGCGAGUCGCACGUGCCGCCGCCCCCGGCCCCGGCGCCCAAGAAGAAGCCGAGGAUCGACCUCAACGUCUGCUUCCUCGGCACCUAGCCGGGCCACCAGCUACUCCAACCACGUAGCCAAGCCAAGCCAAGCCAAGAAGAAGUAGGUCCUCCGUCAAGAUGGCUGUCGUCCGUCCUCGUCCUCGGCGCGGUAGGUAGGCACUAGGCAGGCCUCCGGUGCCCGGAUUGGCCACGGCGGCGCCAUUGCUUUUCUGAUGCCACCGACGGACUCCGGUACAUAGGGGACGUGGAGGUGCUCCGAUCAAGAUUUUUUGCUUGUCCAUUUCCGAGUAUGGCCGGCCGGCCGUCCGUCCGUCCGUCCCCGAUUCUGUCAUGUCAUGUCAGAUCAAUCAAACACUCGAUAGAACAUGAAUGAAUGAAACUACUAUUCCUACUGGUAGAA